AUGGCGCCUGAUCUUAGCAACUGCAGAGUGCUCAGAGAAGAGCCGCUCGAUGCCUCCGAUGCCAAAUGGACUCAGCUGAAAAAAAUUACCUAUAACAAUGCGGAGAACGCCACGAAGAUAUGGGAAUCGGCCGUGAGACCAACCCGACCAUCUAACAGCUCAAUUGAUGCUGUAGGCAUCGUCGCUAUUCUAGAGAAGCCCAGCGGCCCGGAGCUACUCUUACAGAAACAGUAUCGCCCACCUAUCGACAAGAUAUGUAUAGAAGUUCCUGCUGGCUUGGUGGAUGAAGGGGAAGAUGCCGAGACUUGCGCCCUAAGAGAGUUGCGAGAAGAGAGCGGCUACGUGGGAGAAGUGAUCAAAGGUGAUCUGGGUGUGACUCCUGUCAUGUACAAUGACCCAGGCUUCUGUAACACGAACCUGAACAUGGUCCACGUUCGUCUGGAUAUGUCAAAUUCUGACAACCAAAACCCACGACCGCAGCUCGAGGAGAACGAGUUCAUAGAAUCGUUUACGGUUCCACUGAAGACGCUCUACGCAGAGUGCAAGAAGCUCGAGGCCGAGGGAUAUGCUAUAGACGCCAGGGUGCUCACACUGGCCGAAGGUAUUGAAGUAGCUCGACAGUUCAAAAUUGUUUGA